AUGAAUUACUCCUUUACUGUUGCAUUGGCUAUUGUUGUCGCCUGCAUCUUCGCUGGCGUCCAUGGAGCACCGCCGGCACCGGCAGCAGCAGCGGAGGCACAGGUGCUCCGCUUCGAUUCAGAAGUGCAACCGGAGAGCUAUAAGUUUGCUGUUGAGACGAGCGAUGGUAAAACACAUCAGGAGGAGGGACAGCUGAAGAACUUGGGCACCGAGCGCGAAGCAAUCGCUGUGCGUGGCUUCUACACCUAUGUAGGCGACGAUGGACAGACAUAUACCCUCAAUUAUGUCGCCGAUGAGAACGGUUUCCAGCCCGAGGGUGCUCAUCUGCCGCGCCCCGUUCAAUAAGAAGUAUCCAUCCCAGUCAUAUGUUAAAUAGGUUUAAGCCUCGCUCAAACAUUUUGCACAAGAAAUCAAAUUCAGAAUCAAUAAACAUAAACUGUUACAAUGUUCCAUCUUAA